AUGGGCCUCCUCAUGGUGGCAUUCAGUAUGAAACGGUGCCAAUUUUCAAGGAUGGGAGUCAUAUCCUCCGUGACAUGGCCUUUUCCACAGAUCAUAAUUACCUCUAUGUCAUGUCAGAAAGACAGGUGUCCCAGAUUCCUGUUGAAUCCUGUGAACAGUAUACAACCUGUGGAGAAUGUCUGAGUUCAGGAGACCCUCACUGUGGCUGGUGUGUUCUGCAUCACAUAUGUUCACGGAGGGACAAAUGCGAGCGAGCCAAUGAACCUUUCCGAUUUGCAGCCAGCAUCAACCAGUGUAUGACUAUCAUUGUUCAACCUAGCAGCAUCCCAGUUUCUGAGCAUAGCCUUCCGCUCAGCUUGCUGGUGAAUGAUGCUCCAGAUCUGUCACCUGGCAUAAUCUGUGUAUUUGGAAACCUCACUGAAGUAGAAGGCCAGGUUUUGGGGAACCAAAUUAUAUGUACUUCUCCAUCCUCUAAGGAUGUCCCUGCCAUACCUGUGGACCAGGACUGGUUUGGCAUAGAGCUUCUGUUGAAAUCCAGAGAGACUGGCAAGAUGUUUGUCAGCACAGAGUUCAAAUUUUACAACUGCAGUGCCCACCAGCUAUGCCUGUCUUGUGUCAACAGUGCCUUUCACUGUCACUGGUGUAAAUAUCGUAACCUGUGCACUCAUGAUCCAACAACAUGCUCUUUUCAGGAAGGACGGAUCAAUGUUUCUGAGGACUGCCCACAGUUAUUUCCUACAGAAGAAAUUUUGAUCCCUGUUGGUGAAGUGAAGCCCAUCACACUGAAAGCUAGGAAUUUACCCCAACCGCAAUCUGGCCAGCGUGGAUAUGAAUGUGUUCUCAAUAUCCAAGGUGUGAUUCAUCGUGUACCAGCUCUUCGCUUCAAUAGCUCAAGUGUACAAUGCCAGAAUAGUUCGAUCCUAACACUGUCAGGUCCACCAGAAGGAGGAACACGAGUCACAAUUCGUGGUGUUAACCUGGGGCUGGAUUUCUCUGAAAUAGCCCACAAUGUACAAGUAGCUGGUGUGGAAUGUGUUCCACUAGAGGACCAGUACAUUAUUGCUGAACAAAUUGUAUGUGAAAUGGGGCAAGCUGAGCCUGACAUUAGCUCCGGUCCUGCACUCCUCUGUAUUGGAGAAUGCAAAUCAGAAUUUGUGGCCAAGUCUGCACAACAUUAUACAUUCGUGAAUCCUGCUGUGGGUUAUUUGAGUCCCAGCCGUGGACCAGAGUCAGGAGGGACUAUGGUGACCAUUACUGGCCAUUUUCUGGGAGCUGGCAGCAGUGUGUCGAUAUUGCUGGGUAAUCAGACCUGCGAGUUUUAUGGGAGAUCAAUUAAUGAGAUUAUGUGUGUGUCUGCACCUUCUACCCAUGGUCUUGGACCAGUGCAUGUUUCUGUCAGUGUGGACCGGGCCCAGCUAGAAAGCUCAUUACAAUUUGAAUACAUUGAUGACCCAAAAGUUCAUCGGAUUGAGCCUGAAUGGAGCAUAGCCAGUGGCCACACACCUCUCACUGUUACAGGAUCCAACCUGGAUGUUAUACAAGAACCCAGAAUCCGAGUGAAGUACAAUGGCAAAGAAUCUGUCAAUGUUUGUAAAGUUGUGAAUACUACCACCCUCACUUGCCUGGCUCCUUCACUUACAUCACAGUACCGACCAGGUCUGGAUGUUGUUGAACGACCUGAUGAAAUCGGAUUCAUCUUUAACAAUGUUCAAUCUUUACUGAUUUAUAAUGACACCAAAUUUAUUUAUUAUCCAAACCCUGCCUUUGAACUUUUGAGUGCUACUGGCAUCUUGGACCAAAAGCCAGGAUCACCCAUCAUCCUGAAGGGUAAAAAUCUGUGUCCACCUGCAUCGGGUGGAGCAAAGCUGAAUUAUACUGUUCUGAUUGGAGAAACUCCCUGUGCUGUCACCAUCUCUGAGACCCAAUUACUUUGUGAACCUCCAAAUCUCACCGGGCAACACAAAGUUAUGGUGCAUGUAGGUGGCAUCAUUUUCUCACCUGGCUCAGUGAAUGUGAUCUCAGAUAGCCUGCUGACUUUGCCUGCUAUUGUCAGUAUUGCAGCAGGAGGCAGUCUUCUUCUCAUCAUAGUUAUCAUAGUCCUCAUUGCUUACAAGCGCAAGUCACGUGAAAAUGAUCUCACACUCAAGAGACUUCAGAUGCAGAUGGACAACCUCGAGUCUCGGGUAGCCCUUGAAUGCAAAGAAGCUUUUGCAGAGCUGCAGACAGACAUCAAUGAGUUAACCAGUGACCUGGACCGCUCAGGAAUCCCGUAUCUUGAUUAUCGCACAUAUGCCAUGAGAGUUCUCUUCCCUGGCAUUGAAGAUCACCCUGUCCUGCGUGAACUAGAGGUUCAAGGGAAUGGACAGCAGAAUGUUGAAAAAGCCCUGAAGCUCUUUGCCCAGCUACUCAACAAUAAGGUUUUUUUGUUGACAUUUAUCCGUACCCUGGAAUUACAGCGAAGUUUCUCUAUGCGUGACCGUGGCAAUGUGGCUUCCCUCAUCAUGACAGGACUUCAAGGAAAGCUAGAAUAUGCCACUGAUGUCCUCAAGCAGUUGCUGUCUGACCUGAUUGAGAAGAACCUGGAAAACAAAAACCACCCUAAGUUGCUCCUGCGCAGGACAGAGUCUGUAGCUGAGAAGAUGCUGACUAAUUGGUUUGCUUUCUUACUCCACAAGUUCCUAAAGGAAUGUGCUGGAGAACCACUCUUCAUGUUGUACUGUGCCAUCAAGCAACAGAUGGAGAAAGGCCCAAUUGAUGCUAUUACAGGAGAAGCACGCUAUUCCCUCAGUGAGGACAAGCUGAUCAGGCAGCAGAUUGAGUACAAAACACUGAUCUUGAACUGUGUGAACCCGGAUAAUGAAAAUAGUCCUGAGAUUCCUGUGAAGGUGCUUAACUGUGAUACUAUCACACAAGUCAAGGAGAAGAUUCUUGAUGCAGUAUAUAAAAAUGUCCCAUAUUCCCAAAGGCCUCGAGCUGUUGACAUGGACUUGGAAUGGCGCCAAGGUCGAAUAGCACGUGUGGUACUUCAGGAUGAAGACAUCACAACUAAGAUUGAGGGUGACUGGAAGCGGUUAAACACAUUGAUUCAUUAUCAGGUCUCUGAUCGCUCUGUAGUUGCCCUUGUUCCUAAACAGACUUCUUCUUAUAAUAUUCCUGCUUCUGCCAGCAUAUCACGGACCUCAAUUAGCAGAUAUGAUUCCACAUUUCGGUACACAGGUAGCCCAGAUAGUCUUCGUUCUAGGGCACCCAUGAUUACUCCUGACCUAGAGAGUGGAGUGAAAGUCUGGCAUUUAGUCAAAAACCAUGACCAUGGUGACCAGAAGGAAGGUGAUCGGGGAAGUAAGAUGGUAUCAGAGAUCUACUUGACGCGGCUGCUAGCUACAAAGGGUACACUUCAAAAGUUUGUGGAUGACCUGUUCGAGACUUUGUUCAGUACUGUGCAUCGAGGCAGUGCUCUCCCACUGGCUAUCAAAUAUAUGUUUGAUUUCCUAGAUGAGCAAGCAGAUAAGCAUGGCAUCCAUGACACUGAUGUGAGGCAUACCUGGAAGAGCAACUGUCUUCCUCUUCGCUUCUGGGUGAAUGUAAUUAAAAAUCCACAGUUCGUCUUUGAUAUCCACAAAGGAAGUAUCACUGAUGCCUGCCUCUCGGUUGUAGCUCAGACUUUUAUGGAUUCAUGUUCCACCUCAGAGCAUCGGCUGGGCAAGGAUUCCCCCUCCAAUAAGCUACUGUAUGCCAAGGAUAUACCCAGCUAUAAAAGCUGGGUAGAAAGGUAUUAUGCAGAUAUUGCAAAACUCCCAGCCAUCAGUGACCAAGACAUGAAUGCCUACCUCGCAGAACAGUCACGUCUGCACUAUGUUGAUUUCAACAUGCUGAGUGCACUCAAUGAAAUAUACUCCUAUGUCAGCAAAUACAGUGAGGAGAUCAUUGGGGCUCUGGAGCAGGAUGAGCAAGCGCGCCGGCAGCGCUUGGCGUACAAAGUAGAGCAACUUAUUGGUGCCAUGUCUAUGGAGAGCUGAAGAAAGGAGCAGGAACUCCUAGGAAAAAACAUAAGGAGUGAUUGCAAAGACUUUGGGGAAUUAAGGAAAUUGGCAAGGUGGCCACAAAGAAUAUAUGGGGAAUACUGUGAGAACCUCCUACAAGAAGCAAAAGUUACCCCAGAUUCUUAGCUCAAAACUCACAAAAUUCCAGUUGAAAGAAUGAAGGAAAACAACAGCAACUGUGCAUCUCAAACAUCAGUUGGAUUUAUCAAAUAGUUCAACUAUUCAAGCUGUAACCUUGAAGGUCUUUGGAAGCUUAGACUUCUCCAUGACUGCUGCUUUGCAUGAAAAUUGUUUGGUGUAUAUUAAGAGAUAACAAAAACAAUAUUUAAAGUUUUUUUUAAGAAAAAGAAAAAAGAAGAAAAAAAGGUAACAAAAAUACGGUGGCUACGUCUUAUUGAAGAUUCCACUGUAAAUUGCCCCUCACAUCAUACGAGAACUUCGUUGUUCAUGGCUCAGAUGGUUGGUUUGCAAGUAGAUUCUCUACCUUAGGAAAUGUUUGAAAAAACUCCAUUGUUCCUCUGCCUGGGAACUUAAAAAAUAUCUCCAGGAGCACAAAUUUGCACCAAACCUUUUAAAAAGUGCAGUUGGAAAGGAAAACCCAGCAUUCAGUAUCUUCAAGAGUAUUUUAGCAGGAAUCUAUGUGAGUGGAAAAGCCAUCUGGUCAUUCAAUUCAUCUGUGCUGAGAUCAGCUUCAACUAUGUAUUUAUAGAGUACUGAUAUUUUUUUAAUGCUCCCUAUUUACCAUUGAAGGGACACUAUGAUUUUAUGAAAGUCCUUCAUUCCUCUUCUACUUUGACACAAGACUUCCCUCAUUGAAAUGAUUCCUUCCUGUUUUUAUGUAUCUGCAGUUGUGUUCCUACGGAAUGUCUGGUCCUUUUGAAGCUAAGGAAGUUGUGAUGGUUUAAAAUGAAACUGGUGCAUUAUGCACUUUUAUAGGUGCAAUUCAUAUAAAAACUGAUUGGCUUUCUUAGUUGCUUAGAGUGUUGAUUGAUCAGUUAGCUUUUGGGUUGUUUGUUUUUCCUAGUCACUACGUGAUUUCUUGCUUUUAAAAAAAGUGUUUACAGCAAGCAGUACUUGAACAGUGUAGACCUAGUGAAUUGACAUAUUUAUUGCUUUCCUGCUUUGAAUUCACUUAUGCAAUCAGAACAAAUGGCAUUUGCAUUUUUCUCACAUCAUAUGAAAGGUCAUGCAGAGAUCAAGCAUAAGACUCCAAUGUCUCCUGGGAGAGGGAAAUGGGGGCACCUUCUCUCUGGACAAAAGGAAAUGGCACAUUCUACAUGCUGGCUAAUUAUUGUAGUCUUGUCUGUGUCCAUGUGUCUCAAUUCAGAUUAGGUUUUUUAAUUGACCCUAGAAGUCCAUUUCUAAGAGAUCAGUAGAAGGCUGAUGAUGUCUGUGAGUUGUCAUUGCUUUUUACAAAAGAUUUUUUUUAAAAAAAAAAACCAAAGUCCUUUCAAGAGUGCUAAUAGCAGGUGGGAUGCUGUAAACAUUUCUGUCUGUAAUGAAUAUUGAUGUUUGGGCAGGCUACAUUUAAGAGGGGUGAGAAGAAGGGCAAGGUGAUUAGAACUAAUGGAAGGCAGAAUAUUGGGCCCAUGAGUGCAGUCAGACUUGAAGAGAACAAAAUGGCUUUUCUCAGUGUGUCUAUGGACAGACACCUUAGAUUGUAUUAUGAUUCUACCAAAUUUUGUCACAUUUUCAGUAUUAGAAAAAACAUGGUUACAGCUGUUUUGAAUGGAAUUAGAGGACAUUAUCACUUAUCAGUAUAUGUCAGUUCUAAAAUCCUAAGGGUCUUUGGAAGUGGAGGUUUUCAGAAAUAAUCAUUAGCUAGUUUUUUUGUACGAAGUUCAAUGUAGGGAAAUCUCCAAAGUCAGGGGAACUCAAGGUUUUGCUACUGUUCCAUGUCUACAACACUUCAUGUCCAUCCAGGACCUUUGUCAUGCUGGUCCAAAACAGGAGUUAGCCUGAAAAGGUCAGCUAUCAUCGUACUCUUCAUUCAUGAUACUCUUGAGGGAGAUUCCAGAACAAUUAACAUGAGGGAGGCUGAAUAGUUGACCCCAUCCUGACCCCAAUUGCUCCCUGGACAUCUGUAGAUGGGAAGUCUCUAAUACUAUUGCUCUUUACGCUGAGAGCAAGGUGAUACAUAUGGAAAUCUAUUUCAAAGACAAAUAGCCUGAACAUGAUUGAAUACAUUGCUUUAUUAACAUAGCUCAGCUUCUAAUUAAUUGUGUGGAAUUCUUUUAUAAGGGGCUUUAUCUACUAGUGUGCUCUGCUUAGCCACCACAUCAGAAAGGAGGAAAUUGCUCCUGACAAAGUAAGCCCAUUUUUUUCCAGUGAUAUGUAGAUGUGUCUUUUAAAGAACACCACUAGAUUCCCCUCCCUUACCAAGCAAAGGAGGUGAGUUUGAUAUCACAUACUUUAACUGAAUUGCAUAUUUUGUGAGAAUCUCUCAUUCUUCUAAUCAUUAUCCUGAAUGCUGCCAAAAAAGGAGUAAACGAAAGGACCCACUUACUGUUAUAAUUAUAAUUCAUUAAAGUGGUGUCAAACCCCCUUUUCCCCUUGAUAAUUUACUUUCAUAAGUUUCCUUGAGUCCUAUUAAUAGCCUGAAAGAAAUACUAAUGACUGACCUUGUACAAUAAGCCAAAGCCUUUGACAUUCUCAGCAGUCAAGAUUUGCAGCCAAAAAAAUCUGAUUUACACUGACUUGGCAAGAGCAGAGAAUAGGAGCUAAAUGCAGGAAAUGUCUCAGAAGGAGAGCAUAUUUUCAGAAAUAUUACUUCCAUGUCCUUUAGCAGGAAAGGGCAUUUGAUUGCAAAGAAAGAAUUGUCUCUUUUAGUCCUAAAUUUAAUUGACAAAGGUAGUACAUUUAGCAGCUUAUUUUUAUCAAUGGAUUUUCCACUUUCCCAAUUUCAAGCAUUUCACAAUGAAUUCUCUUUGGGCUUCUUUUAUGCAUUUGUAUUAGUUUUUACUGCUGUGUUAGAUGAACUAUACAUCUGAGGUGUCAAUAAUCCAAACUAAGGCUGUAUCUAGAAGGUAGUUUCUUACAUCUUUAGUCAGAAGUGGAAAAACAGAUAACUCACCAGGAUUUAUCAUCUAAAACCAAUGAAUUGUUACUACAGAUACUCUGAUUUAGACUAUAGUAUCAAUGCUGGACCUGCUGGUCCAUAUAAACUAAUAAUAAAGAGGUUAAGAACUGGAAAAAUUCUCACAGAGUUGGCAGGAAUCAAAUGAGUUGAUUCAAAUAUAUUUGCAUAGGUCCUUUCACAGCAACUACUGCAUUCUACAAUCAUAGUUUUCCGUUGCAGAUAUGUAACAUCUCUUCCUAAGAUGAGAUUUUCUAGGCAAUCAUACUUUAUCUAAUAGUUUUUGCAUGCUAGUUUGAUACAACUUAUCCUAAAGCAAAUUUGGAAUUAAAUGCAUGACUUUCAUUUCAUGGUCAAUUUAUAUGGCUAUAAAUAGUAUAAACUGUUGCUGCAAGACCUCAGUCUUCCCAGCCUGAAUCAUCACUAUCCCCAAUGUCUUUGGCCAUGUUCAAGAGUUGGUAAAGACUGGCCAAAUCCAUAGGCAUUUACCUAAUAUUAUGAGGUUAAUUUAGUUGUUUGAGGGGAAAACAAUAAGGCUUGAGCCAGUGGUGGGAUUCAAAUAUGUGAAAACCGGUUCUCUGUGUGGAUGCCACUUCCGGAAGUCUAUUUUGGGCCAGGGCAACAAAAAAUUAGCUACUGGUUCUGCUGAAGUGGUAUGAACUGGUUGAAUCCCAUCACUGGUUUGAACAUUUAGAACCAUGAUUGUUUUAGGUAAUAUUCCCUAUCCUGCUAUCUUACCCUGAUGUGUCAGUUCUAGCUUAAUACAGUUCAGAUGUUUUUACAUCAAAGCCAGAGAUUACAUUCCUGGGAUUUUGUGCCUAAACACUUCUUUUUUGAAUAAUUCCAUUUUUGUUUUCAUUGAUGAGUGCUAUCCAGAGCCAUCAAAGAGCUAAAGCAAGGAGGCAGUGAUGUGCUAAUCUGAUGUUUAUUUCCUUUUGAAGAUCUUUAUUGUAUAAAGCUCCAUCAUGUUAGCAGACCUGUCUGCCUCUUCUGAAUUUUUGUUGCAAUAUUAAAAUUCUAUAGCCACUUCACCUGCCAGACCAAUCAGCAGGUCUUUUUAACCUGCAUGCAUUCUAGUCUAAUAGUUUGCAUUUAAAAGGGAACAAAAAGCGUAAGCAGCUCAAUGUGCUGUAGAUCCACUCAGAAUAAAUGAACAAUGGAAGUGGUAAAAUAAGCUGGAAAUUAAACAGUUUCUCUCUUCCUUAUAGAUGAUAUCUUAAAAGUAGUUAGAAAUCCUCUUAUUCAGAAUGGUGGCAAUCUUAGCCUUAUUUAGGAAAAAUAUAGUAAGAAGGCCUAGCAAGUGCUCACUGCAUCCCUGUCACAAUGAAAUAUAUUAGAUUUCCUAACAGAAAAUCUAGGAUGACUUCUAGAUCUUUUUCAUCAAAGUAUCCUCCCCUUCCAUGCUACUGAUAUUGUUUACAUCACAAAUUAAGAAAAAUGACACUGUAAUACCUUGUUUUUAGUUGUAGAGAUUCCAAGUCAUCUUAAAAAAAAAACAUUUUUCAGCAGUAGCUAUUUCUCUAAAGUACUUCUAAAUACUGUGUUUGAGUUUAAACUAAGCUUCUUUCCUGUGCUUAUAAUAGCUGAGAUAUCUCUAUCUAGAUUGAGACACAUUCCCGGUGCUUGCAAAGGAUUCAGUUGUAUACUAUACAGCCUCCCUAUGGGCAAUUCUGCUGAUUGUCUAUGAAGAUUCUCAGUCAUCCAGGUCAUGCACCCAAAAGAUCCCAAAGGUGCUUUUCCAAAAGGCAACUGGAUUUUUUCUUUAUUUGGAAAAACAAAGUCCAUUUGCCUUUUGAAAAAACACCUUUGGGACAAUACUGCUGAUGUUUUGCCCUCCAAACAUACCAUUCCAGGAAAGCAAUUGUCUUCCUAAGUGUGGAAUUUUCUGAAAAUAUAUAUAUUUGUUUGUUUAUACACAAUAUAUCUAUACAACAUUAAAUUUAUAUGACAAAGAAAUAACAUUAAAAUGUACAUAUACUGUAUGCAGACACAACCAGCUUCAAGCAAAAAAAAAAAGCCUCAACUUCUGAAAAACAGAAAUCUCAGUAGCAUGGUGGUUAUAACACUUGCCUGAUAUGUAUAAUGUUAGUUCAAAACUUGGCAGAUUUUUUAAAUUAUUGCUUUGAUUUCCUUAACUAUGAAAGGAGGGGUUCACAAUGGUUAGCACAAGCCCCUCUUUCCUUUUUUUUUUCUCUCCCUCCAGAGCUUUGAAACAGCUAAAUUAACUGGAAGACAUCUGAACCUCCAACUAUAAAAGAGAAUGUCUUCUCAGGAACUGUGUUAGGAAGAGAGGAAAAGAAAUAUGACAGAAAAAGAAAGAGGAGGAAAGCAGGAAAUAGCCGGACAAAAUUGGCUUGGUGCCAAGUGCAGCAGUCAACUGACAAGGUGGCUAAAAAAAUAAGCAAUGGAUUGAAAUAUAUAAGAGCUAAAAGUUGAGUGGAGCAAUAGAGCUCUAUAGCUAAGCCAAAUUCAGAAGUGCCAACAGCCAGCUGGCAGUUCAUAACAAUUUUUUCACCUCCCAGGCAAGUGACUGAGAGAUGUUAAAGUCCCUGCAGCAGCUCAGGACAGAGACACCCAUUCUUGGCAGAAAAUCCCCAAAACCCUAUCCAGCAAAAUCAAACAGAAAUUUCUCCCAGUUCACAGUUGGGAGAUCAUCCAAAGAUAAAGCUAACUGAGCCUGUCAUUUACACGAGUGUAGGCAAUUCAAGCUGGUAAAUGAAAAGGAAGGAAAUAAGUUAAUAGAAACUCAUCAAAAUUAUAGAUAAAAAUCCUUAGGUAGGUAGCAAAUAUAGGAAUGAUAAAUAUAGGGACAUAAGUAUAGUGAUAAGAAUUAGAAAUAAAUUGGUGUCAGUUUUGAUUAAUUAACAUUUUGUGUAAUAAAUUUCCCCCUGAACAAAAGGAGAAAAAAAUCUGUCUCUAAAAAGACUCAGCACACACCAAGCUUACUACUUUUCCUCUGGGCCAGUGCACAUAUCAGGCAAUAGGCUAUUGCCUGUACUUUUUGUGAUGUUUCUCAAGAGUAGUUAGAAUUAGAGUGGUAUGGGGCAACAGCUAUUAAAUUAAGUGAGGAGAGCAAUCCUUCCUCUGUGGACUAGCCAAUUGAACUGCAGGGAUUUGUCUAAAAAAAAAAAAAAAAAGUCAAACUAGAAACCUGGAUCAGCACCAGCCUGGAAACAUCAUUUCCAACAUAGAGCAGGAAAACAUGAGCAGAUUUAUGAUAGACUACAGGUGAGUAGAAGAUGACAUCCAUUCCUUCUAGAACAGUGUUUCUCAACCUUGACAAUUUUAA